AUGGUAGUUUUCAUUAUUGACAUCGACGUAGCUUUGGUUCACGGUGUUGGCUAUACUCUCCAUUGGCAGAGACGGCGGCAGUAUCGCUCCAGUGGCAGUGGCUUCAUCAUAGACACAAGUCGCCGGGUCAUCCUGACCAAUGCCCACUGCAUCGAGUGGCACGCGCAGGUGAAAGUGCAGCAGCGAGGCCAAGAUACGAAGUACUUGGCUCGUGUCGUAUCAGUUGGAUGGGAGGCGGACUGCGCCGUUCUCACUGUAGAGGCAGCGGGAAACUGGGUGGCAGGUCAGGGUAAGGGUACCUUGGAGUUCUCAGUUUCAAUUUGUGCGGUUUGCUUUCUUUACACGGCUGCCAAAGACGAUGAGUUCUGGCGCAACAUAAAAGCCGUCCAGACCUCGAUUCCAGUCAAAACUGCGCUUGGCAGUCCAGCUGAGCAAGAAAGUCCCGCAUCUGGAGGAGUUGCCGUGUUGCCAAAGGAGCACGUCCUUUGUGUCGGCUUCCCUGUUGGCGGCGACACCAUCAGCGUCACCAGUGGGGUCGUGUCGCGGGUCGAGGUCAUGACUUAUGCCCCUGCCUUGGAGUGCACUUUGCUGGAAGACCACCCGAAUGUAUAG